AUGCCUGGUUCUGUUGUCGUCGCUGGUGGUCUUGGUGAUCUGGGCAAGCUCAUCACCGAGGCCAUCCUCAAAACCGGCCAACAUGACGUCUACAUCAUGUCCCGAAAGCUGGCCCCCGUCAUCCAGACCGACUACGCCUCAGAAACAGCCGUCGCAGAGCUGCUCAUCCAGCACAACUGCCACACCGUCAUCUGCGCCUUUGCGCUCGACUUCGAGGCCGCCAGCGACGCGCAGCUGCGUCUGAUCCGCGCCGCCGCGCGCGCGCCCUGCGUGCGGCGCUUCCUGCCCUCCGAGUUCAACGUCGACUACGACCUGCCCGACGCGGUGCUGCCGUACGCGGACAAGCGCUUCCACGCGGUCGCGCGGCGCGCGCUCGAGCAGACGGAUCUCGAGUUUGCGUACAUCUACCCGGGCAUGUUCAUGGACUACUUUGGCAUGCCCCGCGUGGCGACGCACCUGCGGGAGCUGUGCGUCUUCGUGGACCCGACCCACGGCGUGGCGCUGCUGCCGGGCGACGGCGAGACGCGCAUGGCCGCGUCCUACACCAAGGACGUGGCGCGGUACACGGCGCUCGCGCUCGCGCUGGACCGCUGGCCGCGGGUCAUGACCACGGCGUCGAGCAGCGUCACGCUGAACGAGCUCGUCGCCCUGGUCGGCAAGAGCCGGGGCAGCAAGCUCCGCGUGGAGUACCAGUCGGUCGGCGCCUUGCAGGACCGCACCGACGUCAGGAUGCUGCCGCGCAACGAGCUGAUCGCGGGCCAUUUUCCGGGCGGCGUCCAGCAGCUGAGCGCGCUGCUGGCAGAUCUCGGCGCCUCGGUCGCGCUUGGUGCGUACGACUUUUCCAAUCUCGAGGGCCAGCUGGAUCUUGUGGCGCGCUUUGCGGGGGAGACGGAGCAGCCGAUGAAGAUUGAGACACUGCUGGAUAUGGCGUGGGGAGGAAGCGCAAAGACCAGUCCCGGCGAAGCAUCGACAGACAAACCAAUAUUUGAGACUGACCAAUGCGCUGCAUCGCGUCCUGCCAACUUUCCGGCGACGCCUGCCCCUGCCGGACCAAGUCCCGGUGCGCCCACACUUCUUCCAGUAUCUUCUGCCCGUUCUUGGUAUUGUGUAUUCCAAGUAGAUGUAGGCCGUCCAGCCUCGACUCAACAUAGUCCCUCUGGUGCGCCUGAUCCAUUUCGGCGCCCAGAACCACCAGACGCCAGCCGAGAUUGGCACCCGGGCCCAGCGCGUCCGGGACCAUGGUUAGGAGGUCCUGCGCCGUGUUCAGCGAUUCUUGCAGCUCCUCGGUGA